UGCUUGACGUGGUGCUGCCCAUGCAUUGCGUUUGGCCGGAUUUCUGAGAUCGUCGACAAAGGAUCCAGCUCAUGCUUAAUGUAUAUGGGGUUUCCGUGCUUGAUCUCGCUGCUGCGACUGCGAGACUUGUGCUCUCUGUCAAGAGUAUCGUGGAUUCGACAUGACCAUCGGAUGGGAUGGAAAUAUGCAGAAACAGAAUCUGAAUCGGGGGAUAGCCAAGCCUCCCGUCGUUCAAGGAGGAAUGACCAGAUAAUUAUAUUCCAUGCAAAUCUCUAUCUAUCUAUAUAUACUACUAUAAUAUUGGAAAAAACAUGUAAAAUGAGGGAAAUUUUUGAUGUGGCCAAACCUUUGGCUUUUCAUCUUGUGUAACCUCCAAAUGCAUUAUGGGAUGCCUUAAUGCCAUGACUCUUCAUGUAGGCACACAUAUCCUAUAAAUAGAUGGAGUUUUGGGAGAUGAGAAAACCAACAACAAAUAUUCUCUCUACUUUCUCUAGGCUCUACAUUCUAGUGUGCAUCUUAGAAGUAUUGUAUUGCUCGAUUCUUGCUUCCAAUUUAAGUUCACCGGAGCCUACGAGUUUGAGAUGCUUCAACUCGAUAGGAGGAAAGUGCUUCAUCUUUGGGGACAUUACGCCAAUCCGUGAGCACUAGCCGAGGCGUAUUUCGUCUUGCGGAGAGAGGGUCACCUCGACUCGACUUGAAGAAUACUAUAGUUUGCAUCUUUUUACGUUCGUUGUAAUUUAUAUUGUUACAUUUACCUUCCGGUUUUUGUUCUUUUGUAAUAGCAAGGGUUGCCCGUGUAAAGGCGGCAAUAUUUCCAACAUAUAAUGCUUUCAAUUCCAUGCAAAUCUCGUGUGUUUGUUUUUGUAAUGUAAACCAAUAAUUAGGCUUUGUUGAACUUAUA